AUGGGCGAUUGCGCCGAACUUGCAAGCGGUCUCCGCAACCCGGUCAACAUUUACGCUCUAAGGGCCUUGAGCGGCCUCUUCUGUACGAAAGCUAAGGGCUCGGAGGCUCAACCCGAGCCUGCUGUCGAGCUGAUGCGGCAGAAGUUCGAGAAGGCGUACAACGUACAUAUCCCUUCAAGGUAUCUACUCUCGGCUAAGAUCUUCGCCAAGAUCCGUAAAGGCGAACCGGUGCGCGAGGACGAAUGCGGUUUCGCCCCAGUGAGCGCCAAGAUGAAAAGGCGCAUGAAAUACAACGCCGACACCGGUGAAAUCGAGGUUGUGGAAGACGUCCCAGGCUUACCCCGCUCGUCGUUCGGAGCCGCGGAUUUGCUGCUGAACAUAUCGAGGUGGUUGGUUGGCCACUGCGUGCUGCAGAAGCUCAAUCCUGCGGAAGCACUCCUCUAUCUAAUGAGGUUGUGCGACAACUGCCUGCAGUCGGACAUCCACACCCUAAGGCGCUUGGACGCAGAGAUGAGACUCGAAGCCAUCGCCCACCCGACGGAGAUGGGCCCUCAGCUGGUCACCGGCAACUCCGACAUCGUCACCCGUCACAGGGAAUCGUUCAGAUCUACUCCAUCCUCUGGCCACGGGUCGCGUGCUAACUCUACCUCCAACCCCUCGUCGGUAACAUGUCGUCGGUUCGAGCGUACAGGGUGGUGCCCUUACGGAGACGAUUGCAUCUUCGCCCACAAAACCGGUGGGAAAGGCCACGACACUCGUCGGCAGCACGGUCGCGGCCGUGGCGGCAACACCCAGAACCAAACCUCCAGUAAGUAG